AUCUAGGAAGGAAGCGACUCGAAUCGGUAGAUUCUACGCCGAGUUCGUACUCCUCGGCUGGAUAUCAGCUACGUCAGAGACGAUAUACCGCGCGAAGAGCACUAAAAGCAGCAGCAACAACGACAACCGCGCUCUCAUGUCCACUUGGAGAGGAAAGAGUGGGACAAGAGGAGAGAUCCGCGACGAAGUUCUGUAGCUGAAGCUGAAGCUGGAGCUGGAGCUGGAGCUGGAGAAGCGAGAGACCGGGGAGACGAGCGAGAAAGAACAGAGAGAAGCGGGCUGAAACGAAGCCGAAGCCGAAGCCGAAGCUUGUGGUCUCUCGCCGACUCGUGGCCAGUUUCAGCCGCAACGCUCGACCGUCAAGCUCGCGAUUCGAGCGUACCAGCGCAACGGCGAUCGCGCAGUCUCUCUCAUCGAGAUGCGAACAUCGUCGCCGAUACUUUCGACCGAGUGGACCGAUUCGUACUUGACCAACGAUGCAUCUGCCUGUUCAAUGAACCAUUGACUGUUUCGGUGUGCAUCGCGCGGAUUCAUUCGCCAGUUGUCCAGCGGAGUUAAAGCGCCUCGAACCUUUGGGAAAUCGAGUACAAAGCUCGAUGCCCUGGGACUUGAUCGCGAGCCGUGAUCGUCCGUUUCACGCAUUCGUCGGCAUGCUCGAUCCUGUUUGUUGACCACUGGUCUGGAUACGUCAUGAUUUACCAGCCGAAUCAUCAGUCGCCGACGAUGUCAUCCACGAGGAAAACGUCUCCACGGCCUCAGCGUCGGAAUCUGCAAGCGUCGUCGGGAAAGUGCGCGAAUGCGAAAGCGAAAGCGAAAGCAAAACGCGUGACAGACAGGACGGGCAACGAGGAGCGAUGCAGGGGAAGAUGCAGAGUGCAAUGGAGCGAGAAACACGUUAAGGAGGGGUUGGUUCUCGUUCAAGAGGCGCAACUGGCCAGGGUGGUGAAAACUGGACCGAUCACCGAGCACUACGAGAUCGAUUCGAAGCCGUUCGCAAACGGGCAAUGGGCGAAAGUGUAUCGGUGCAGGUCUCGAUCGAGCGGGAUCCUCUACGCGGCAAAGUUCUCCUCGAGAAGCAGAUUCAACGCGGACUGCAGCGCCGAGCUGAGGCACGAAAUCGCCCUUUUGUCUCUGUGCUCGCAAUCGCCACGGGUCGUUCGAUUGCACGACGUCUACGAGACGCCGAAGGAAAUUAUUCUGGUGAUGGAAUACGCACCUGGAGGCGAUCUACAGACGCUCAUCGACGGUGAUUUGGUGCCCCUCGAAGGUGACGUGGUACACUUUGUGAGGCAGCUAGUAGAAGGACUUGCCUACCUCCACGAGAGAAAUAUCGCCCAUUUGGACAUCAAGCCGCAGAAUUUGGUGAUGAUGGGCAGUUUCCCAGAAUGCGAGGUGAAACUAUGCGACUUUGAGAUCUCGAGAGUGGUCUUAGAGGGAACAGAGGUUCGAGAAAUCCUCGGGACACCGGAUUACGUGGCACCCGAAAUCCUGCACUAUGAGCCCAUCACUUUGGCUGCCGACAUGUGGUCGUUGGGCGUAACGACGUACGUGCUGUUAACCGGAUUCUCUCCUUUCGGCGGCGAGACCGAUCAAGAAACGUUUCAAAAUAUUUCUUUAGGUGAGGUAGACUUUCCGGAGGAGCUAUUUGGUGACAUCUCGGCGCAGGCAAAGGAUUUCGUCGCGAAGCUUCUGGUGCUAGACCCAAGCGCACGAAUGACCGCGAAACAAUGCCUGCGUCACGACUGGCUGCGUGCAGCACCUACACAAGCGUCGCCUCACCUGAGAAGAUACCUGUCGAAAUCGAGGGAAGUCCUUCUGGAACGAGUGGUCGGUCGGGAGAAUCUUAGAAGAGCGGCGCUGUUGAGCCAGGCAAGCAGCCAAGCGAAUCUCUCGAGCGACGUCCAAGAGUCGAAUCAUCGCGAUCAAAGCUUGCAGGACUGUUUGCUGAGUCAAAGCGAGAUGUGUCUGAGUCACCGUCUCACCGGAAGCCGAUCUAGCCUCGAGGGUAGCGAAGAUUUCCCGAGUCCGGCUGACUCGCGGACAAGCCUAAAUUCAUCCAGAACGAAUUUAAGUUGCGCCAGCCAGAGCUGUUUGCUAAAUAAAGAGCAAACACAAGGCUUGCUGAGUCGCGCACGAAGUCGUUCGCAGGCGAAUCUGAAUCACGGGCCUAGUCGAGGAUUGCUGUCCAGAAUACGAAGCCUGAAUCGAAUCCAAUCCCAGGCGUGUUUGCUCAAUGGAAAUUCCUCGGCAAACUCGAGUUCGUUGCAAACGCGCAUGAUAGUAAAUCCGGUAAUUAGCAAAUCACGCGAGAAACUUUACGGUCUAAGAUCUUUGUCAAAAUCCCAAGGGAUGUUGGACAUAUACAGAAGCCUGGAAUGCCUAAGACGAAGAAGAAAGAGUUACCAACGUGCCAAGACCGAGGACAUGUUGCCCAUCUUCAAACGAUUGGGCGCUGAAAUCGAUGCUUCGAAUGCUUACAGCAUAGACGAUAUACCGACUCUAAGCGAAACUAAGAAACAUUUUAACGAAGAAAACAUACAGGUUCCAAAGUUGGAGGUGUCGCAGCCGGAAACUUUCGACUGUCUCCAAGUCGCUACCCAUACCGAGAUCUUAAACGUUCAAUCGCCGUCCGUGACACCGGUAGAAGAGAAGAUUCAAAAUCAGAUGGAAGUAUCGACAGGCCAAACUUUCGAGUCUGAGGAGAAUUUGGACUCGUUGAAAUCAAUCGAAUCGGACACGCUGACCGAAGAGUCGGACGAAACGUCUGUGAAUCGCGAAACGGAAUCGAAUUUGAUAGCCGGCAAACGACCCUGUCAACGACAGCACUCGGACGCUUCGAGUCACUCGAACAAUUCGGCAACUUCCGACGACAAAGAAGAUCGCUCGACAGAGUCCGAAACCGAGGAACCAAAGUACACAGUAGCGCAGCUCGUCUCCGCGUUUAACAAACACCAGGAGGUCGCCUCGAGAACCAGCUUGGAAGCGAUAAUGACCGAGAAGAGGGUGAACGAAGUAACCUUCCCUACCGGAACAAAGGCGCUCAGGCUUUUUAUACCAGACAUCAAUAUCAGCGAGAGUAAAAUCGUUAGACGGAAGACGAGUUACAAGCCGCGGAAGAACUGGGAAGAGCUGAGGAAAAAGAGUGAGAAAAACGAAGGGAUCCUGAAGAACUUCGUCAGUGAUUCAGCAAACGAAGACGAAGACGAGGAUAUCGAUAAUCGGGAAAAGUCAAAAAUCGAAAGCAACACUUCUGUGAACGAUGAAAAGAAAUUAGAUAUCGAGGAGACGAAGGAAAUGUGGGAACAACAGGAAGAUCAAUGGUCAAUGAUCAUUCCGCCGAUCGAAAUCAACGGCGAUUCUAUCUUCACAGAAGACUCGGCUCGUAACAAUGUCGAUACCACGAUAGACGAGAAAUACAAGCGUUGCGUGAAGGGUGCUAAGUUGAACGCAACGGAGACAACAAUCGAAAAGCCUCAAAAGACGACCGCUACUUUCACUCGUCAAAAAGAAAGACUGCCAAAUUAUAUAUAUCCCGAGGUAACGUGCCAUAUCAAAGACGAUUCUCAGGACACGCUUAAAAAAACAGCUACGACAGUUUCGAACGGAAAAUCGAGCCCAAAAGUAGAAAGAACAGAUAAACCGAAAGCAACAACCCAUACUAUGGAAUGUGUCAACGUAAACUUGAAAGAUAUCCUUCAGAGGGUGGACACGUUUCAAAGUACGCCGAAAGAAAAUUUGGAAAAUUUAAGGAAAAGAACAUCGAUUGCCAAAAUAAUUCUAAACGACAAUUUGUCUCACGAUAAUCAGGAUACGAACGAGGGUGGAAUUCGAGGAACGGGUAGUCGUGCUAGAAGCGAGCCACCUUCGAGCUUACCUUCGAAAGAGGAAGUUAAUAAAAUAAAAUUGAUUGUACCACCCUCUUUCGUAAGAUCUUCUUCUUUGUCCAGCGACAGUAGCUGUCCGACACCUUCCAGCGUGCAAUCGGACGUGAACGUCUCCUGGGAGGACGUCCAGCAGACGGAAAAAGAGGAUCCCAGCAAAGUUCGAAGAAGAAACGAAAUUCAGAGAACUUCGAGCGAAGGAAGAAACAAACAGUGCUCGGAAGACAAGAGACUCUGGGGUAGAGUCUGUACAGGAUCUUACAGCAGAGCCAUGGAGAAAUUUAACAAGAACAACAAUGAGCCGAACAAAAAAUCUAUUGUUCAGCUAAAUGGACUGCAACAAACCGAGAAAACCAGAAGGAAAAGCAGCCCCGCGAUGCCUCAAUAUAUCAACCCGUAAAAAUAGACUUCUCCUUCUCGAAGACUGAAUCUAGUGUGCUCGAUCUUCCCCGAUUACGGUGACCGUGAAUUUUCGCGAUCUUAAUGCAAACGCGUUUUCUUUGAUUAAAGAGCGAAGCUGACAAAUAAAUAAUCGGCAAACGUGUGUCAUCAAAUCGUACGCGACAAACGGUAACCCGUCAUUAACGUCGUCAAAUAUGGAGAUUAAACGUGAUCCAUCGUCACAGACGUAUCCUUGACUUAAUCUCCAUAUCGAGCAAUCUAACAGAAUAAUUUUCUUUUUUGUUGAAGCGUAGAAUCGAUCCAACGCGUGAACAUUGCACCAUGGAAACCCAGAACAGAUGAGAUCGGCAUAGGUAUUCGUCAAAUAAUGUAAAAGAAAGUUGGUUGCCAAUGUCGAUUCCACGUUUAAGCGACAGAUUGAGAUUUGACUAUUCAUUUAUUUCUAUCGUUUAAUAAGGAUAAGUAUCAACGAAAUCGAUAGAGUACUCAAACAUGGCCAUGAUUCCCUUGCCUUACGAGGAUAAUUACCACGUGACUCAUUCUAAGCAAAAAUCGCGAAUAAGUAAACGCAAUAGCAUAGCAUCAACUUUGUUUAAAACACGAUGGAAAAUGUACGCAUCUCCCAUUAUUCAUGUUACACUUCAAAGAAAGGACGCUUGAUCUUUGAAGAAAAAAUUGAACGAAAGUAUCGCUACAACUUGCGUUCAAGAAAAUUGCUCACUCACGAGAUUAUCCUUUUACGAUGCAGCAUUGCCUCUACUAAUUUUACCUUGGCUAUCGAACUUUAUUUUAAGUGUUAGCAAUCACGAUUUAAUUGGCGUGAAUCGGAAUCGAUCAUUCAGUUUAUAUCGUAGUGCUUAGCAUUUUAUCGAGGCCGGUAUUUAGCAUUAUCCGCGUUUAGAUUUUAAUCGACCCGUUCAAUUUUGUAUCAAAGUUAUCUCAAUAAAGACUCUUGCCCGUUGAA